AUGUCGAAGUAUCCGCAACGAGCCCUGGCUGAGAGAAAUAGGACAGUACAGAUGAAAAAUAGCAUGGAGGACAAGAUUCUUCGACAAAAACUCGAGUCUUUCUCGCGAGAAAGAGGCUACAUUGACAGAGAGUUGCGUAGGAUAUCGUUGGCGAGGGAAAGCUUGGUCGAAAGCCUCGACCGAUACACCAAGCAGUCUAAAUUGAUGACGAAGCGUUUGAGCUUGCCAUGUUUAGUUGAUGAGAGGAGAAAAGAUGGCCUCGCGGAUCCGAUUGGGGGUUUACGUCGACAUACUGUUGACAUAGUUGAAGAUUUUCAGAGACCUUUCGCAGAAUGCAAACAACCCCUGAAGCCGCUGGGAUGUAUUCAAGAGCCAGCGCCGGAUUCAAAGAAAGUUGCCACAACACCCAGUAAUAAGGUGGGUAUUCCUUCCGAACAUAAAAACCGCGCACCAAGUCCACUCCUUAUAACAAGCAUGGAAACCUCACGAGAUAUUUUAGAAUUCCGUUGCACAAGCCCUGUAACCGCCUCCUUGAUUCAGUCUGGCAUUAUCCCUGCUCAAGAGAGGCCGAUGCUUCAUUCUCGUCAGACCAGCUCCAACGAAACCCCCAUUCGUCUUCCUAAGAUACCCGGCACUCCCGCAAGGAAGAUUUCUACGGGUCAGGCAAACCCGCGGGAUGGAAUGCUGGCCACAAACCUGAAAAGCAAGUUCCGUCAGAUCGGAUCAAUUGUAAUGGCGACUGCGAUUUUAAGGGUUGCAAACGAAAGGCGGAAGGAGGAAGUUGGUAAAAAAUAACCUUGCUGAAGGUAUGGACUGAGACGCCGGUAAAGAUGCGAUCAGUAUUAGUUACAGUAUUCAGGAUUCAGAAACGGCGUAUUAUUUUGAAUGGUACAAUCUCCAGGUGCUUUUAUUAAAGCGAAAUCUAAGCCGACUAAUCAUUCCCCGAACUUUCUAAACUGGGUGUUAAACAUGGUCGCUCUUUCCGCCCCAUGGAUCUAAGGCCUAAAAUCUAGGUUGGGCGUUGCGCUGUUUUCUUAAAAUGCAAUCAAAGGGAUGUAUACCAACAAGAAAUCAGACUUUGAGAAUUCCCUCUUUGUCGGCGUAAUCCGUCGCGCGAACCAAAAGAUAUCGGUAGCAAUUAUACUUCGUCCUGGAAGCCAUGCGCGCGGUACGCUUCCCAGAGUUCACGAAGCGCCGAAAUAUCUCCUUCACCGAUUUCUAGUGACUCGUGCGAGGUGAUAGAGGGUCGGUCCAUGGACUAAAAAUGAGCCUUCUUAAACUGCUUUUCCAAAGGUUUAAAGACGCUCCUAAUAUGCGAUCUUGAGUCUAACUUCUACGCCAUUUUAAACUCCAAUACUUUUUCCUGACUGGAAGCCUCUGAGUGAAACGAAUGCGAACGUCUCUUACAGGUAAAAAGUCAAUAUGUACUUUUAAUAGGCGACAGAUCUCGACUGCACAAACACCCAUUUUUUUCUUAAUUUAUACAAUAUAAAUAACGACACAAACAUGUGAAGUAUGACAUUCAUCGUCAAUACACCAAAGAGUUUGGCACAAUACUAUUCUAAACUGUCAAACAAUGCAUUUAUACAUGUGUUAAGUAGAACCUUUGCAAAACAGACAGCAACAACUUCACGUAUUUACAAAGUUAGGCGGCCAAAUUAUUUACAACAGUGAAAUAUAUAUGUAGCAUUCUUUGGGUUGUACAACUUGUAUGUGGUCUUGCAUUCGACUCGUUUACUGAAAAAUGAAAUGUGAAAUACAA